GGAGAAGCUGGGCAGAGGCCACCAGAACAGCCCAGAAGGAGGAGCAUCAUCCUAGCACAGUCCCAGGGACACCUUAAUGAGCCAUCCUCACAGAAUCCCUUUUGCUCUGUGCCUCAGUUUCCCCCAGCUAAAACCCAGAAAGAACUCCCUUUGACAUUUCCACGGAGAUCAGUUAGUGUCUGUGAAGGUGUGGGAGGAACUCAAGUACUCUGGGAACUGAGUGAUGCUGUUGGCCUGAGGGCAGGGCGAUCCGGGAAGCCCUCUGAAUGCCAAACGUCCAUGCCAGUCAGAUGGCAGUAAGAGCCCAGGAUACCCUGCAGGUCAGCCAGAGAUGGCCCCACAAAUUGAGCCAGGGGACAGGCCUCAAGAUGCCCAGGAGCAGACAGCCCCUUCAGGGGGAGAAGGGCCCCCAGGUGCAUACUCAGGGUCCCUGAUUCCCAAACCUGAAGAUGUUUUCCAAAGUGAACAAGGGGAAGAACAGAGCACUGCAGAACAAGGAGGUGGACCCCAAAAAACAGAGCCUGAUGGCUCCUGCCCAGAAGACUGGAUGAUCCGAAAGGUGAAGGUGGAGGAUGAGGACCAGGGAGAGGAAGAGGAGGUUGCAUGGCCCCAGCACCUUCCCCAGUUACUUCCCAGCGGCCCCUUCCUGUCCGCCGACCUGGGACCUCUGGCGGCUGUGGCCACGGCCUGUAAGCUGGAGCCUGGAGCCCCGGCGCCUCUGAGUGGGCUGGCUCUGGCAUCCUGGCCCCAGGUCCUGGAGAAACCCUACGGCUGCGGGGAAUGCGAACGACGCUUCCGGGACCAGCUGACCCUUCGGCUGCACCAAAGGCUGCACCGGGGCGAGGGCCCGUGUGCUUGCCCAGACUGCGGCCGCAGCUUCUCCCAGCGCACCCACCUGCUGGCCCACCUGCGCAGCCACCGGGGCGAGCGCCCUUUUCCGUGCCCGGAAUGCGGUAAGCGCUUUAGCAAGAAGGCUCACCUGACCCGCCACCUCCGCACGCACACCGGGGAGAGGCCCUACCCCUGCGAGGAAUGCGGGAAGCGCUUCAGCCAAAAGAUCCACCUGGGCUCCCACCAGAAAACGCACACUGGAGAGAGGCCCUUCCCCUGCGCCGAGUGUGAAAAACGCUUCCGCAAGAAGACGCACCUGAUCCGCCACCAGCGCAUCCACACGGGUGAGCGACCCUACCAAUGCACCGAGUGCGGCCGCAGUUUCACGCACAAGCAGCACCUGGUGCGCCACCGGCGGGUGCACGCAGCAGGCCCUGCCCCACCUCCACCUCCGCAGCCGCAGAGCACUGACCCCUUGUGCCAGGACGCGUCCACAGCCCCUCCAGGGCCCAAGGCCUUCCCCUGUGCAGACUGCGGAAAAGACUUCGGCUGGAAGAAGAACCUGGCCUCGCACCAGCGGGUGCACCGAGGGAGCCGCCCCUUCGGGUUCUCAGAGCGCGCGCGGGGCCAGGGUGAGCGGCGCCCCCCCGGGGCGGCAGCGGCGGCCCACGCAGCCAUCAAAGCCUUUGCCUGCACUCACUGCGGGAAAAGCUUCAGCCAGCGUCCAGGGCUGGUGGCACACCAGCGGACCCACGCUGGCGAGCGACCCUUCCGCUGUCCAGACUGCGGGCGCGGCUUCUCCCACGGGCAGCACCUGACAAGGCACCGACGCGUGCACACUGGCGAACGUCCCUUUGCCUGUACCCAGUGUGGCCGUCGCUUCGGCUCCCGCCCCAACCUUGCGGCCCACACCAAGGUGCACAGCGGUGCUCGGCCCUUUGCCUGCGCCCAGUGUGGCCGGGGCUUUAGCCGCAAGUCACACCUGGGCCGCCACCAGGCAGUACACACUGGGAGCCGCCCACACGCCUGUACGGUCUGCUCUCGCUGCUUCAGUUCUAAGACCAAUCUGAUACGCCAUCAGGCAGUCCACACCGGCUCCCGCCCCUUCCCCUGUUCGCAGUGCGGCAAGAGCUUCAGCCGCAAGACCCAUCUGGCCCGGCACCAGCGCACCCACGGCGAAAUCCCUCAUCUUGACCCCAGCCUGCCAAGCCCAACCUGGCCUGUUCCCACAGUGCCUGCCCCAACAUCACUUUUCCUCUAAAUGGAACAGAGCCCUAUCUCUCAUCAACCAGGUUUCUGUCUAGCCCCUCAGCACCCUCUCUCACCUAACUGCUGUCAGGUCCCUUGUGGUUUUUAUCUCCAUUCUGACUGCUCUCCUUUUCCUGCUCAAAGGCUCCCAUACUGCCUUCCCUCCUUUGGACUCCUUGUCCACCUUCAGUUUUUCAAUAUAUCACCUCUGUUCUGUGUCUCAGCUCCUGCAACAACCCUUCACCUCCACCACUCUCCUUCCUUCUCUCCCGGCCUGCUGGAUACUUGAGAGCUUGGAGAAUACCUCAUCUGAGUGAGGAUGACCAAGAGAGAAUCGCUAUCAGACUCAGGUCUGCAUCUGUAAAAUGAGGGGAUUAGACUGAAUGAACUAUAAGGUUCUUUUCUGUCUGGAACAUUCUACAUCAACGUGGAACCUUGGGUGUUGGGGGAUGAAAGUGAGUUAACUGAGCAAAGGAGACUGGAGGGCCAGGCUGAACCAUAUGGGGAGACUACCUAACUCGGAGGGAAUGAAGAACAGAAUACACUCCCUACUAGUUGCUCUUCCAUGCCUUCUUCACUACCCUUCAAAGCUGUUGGACUGUCCCCUCCCCCUCAAAAAAGGGGGCAGGAGUCUGUUCCAAAAGGAGGGGAGGAUAGUCACCUGUGUAUUUGAUGUGUCAUUAAAAAUAAAAUCUGAAGGCUUGGGGGCUGUAA